AUGCUUGGAUUUACUUUGGGCAAUGUGGUUGGAAUGUAUCUGGCUCAGAAUGAUGAUAUAUCAGACUUGGUUUAAAAAAUUGAAGAGAUUUGAAAGGACUUGGAAACCAAGAAGAAAUUCCCUAGUUCCUGA